GGGAUCACGACAUCUAUCGGAAGGUGCUUAUUUGGUGCAUAUAAGUUUUACCUAAAGGGCUUUCCGUAGAUCUCAGCUUGUAUCCAGGCAACGAUGUCAACUCAUACUUAAAAUAGGUCUCCAAGAAGUAGGUUUCGCUUGACAUUUGUAUAACACGCGUUAGUAUUACUGAACGAUGGAUGAGACGCCACUGCAACAGAUGCCCCAUCCUCACAUCUAUGUGGAAAGGACCUUGGCACUGAUCAAACCGGACGCCGUUCACAAAGCAGACGAAAUCGAGGACAUCAUUCUCCGAUCGGGAUUUACUAUCCUGCAGAAGCGGAAACUACAGUUGAGUCCGGAGCAGUGCAGUGACUUCUAUGCAGAGCAGUACGGCAAACUGUUCUUCCCCAGCCUGACCGCGUUCAUGAGCUCUGGACCAAUCAUGGCGCUAGUACUGGCCCGGGACAACUGCAUCGCAUCCUGGAAGGCCAUGAUUGGACCUGCCAACGUCUCCAAAGCCAGAGAGACACACCCACACUGCCUCCGGGCCAGAUAUGGCACCUCAGACCUGCGGAACGCUGUGCACGGCAGCGAGAGCUUCUCUGCCAUGGAGAGGGAGAUCAAAUACAUGUUUCCCAGCUCUGUGAUUGAGCCCAUUCCUAAGGGCGAGUCAGCCAAAGACUACCUGAGCAGGUUUGUCAACCCCACGCUGCUAGCUGGCCUGACUGAGCUUUGCAAGUGGAAACCAGCAGACCCUUUCACCUGGCUGGCGGGCUGGCUGGUAGAGAACAAUCCCAACAAGCCUAAAGUGUCUGAUGUUGGGAUGACAGAAGAAACACAGUAGACUGGAAAGAUCUGCAAAAACAGUAAGCCACACGUGAGAGCAACAGUUAUAUGAAGAGAGGAUUCAUUUUUAAAUUAUAAGGAAUGGUUUCCAAAAAACCAAAUAAAAUAUAUUUUUCAAAAGUC